AAUGAGCACCUGCACUAAUGUGGAUUUACCCGGAGCGGAGGGCACUCUGUUCUCUUCUUCUCCUCGCAGUGACUGCGAGCGACAACAAAACGACGCGUUCCAGCAGAUUUCUCGGUUGCAAUUGCCAUAAAUCUUUGCAUCCUUCCAUCUUCUGGGCGUCUGAGUUGACUUCUUGCGCACUGUCCAUCCCUGAUACCCCUUGCUCCGCCGUUUUUUUUUCUUGCUCGUCCCCGCCCUCACUCGAGCGCUCGUGCAAAAAUGGGUGCUCUCUACUACCUCUUCCACCCGAACCAGCUUCGGUCCAUCAUUCAAUGGAAAGUCUGGCACGACCCCGUCCACACCCGUGACCUCAAGAACGAGUCGCCAGAGCUUCAGGAAUGCUUCCGCUUCCUCAACCUGACGAGCCGCAGCUUCUCGGCCGUCAUCCAGGAGCUUAACCAUGAGCUUCUCGUCCCCAUUACCCUGUUCUACCUUGUUCUCCGUGGCUUGGACACAAUUGAGGAUGACAUGACCCUCGACAUCGAAAAGAAAGUCCCUCUCCUGCGGAACUUCCAUACCACCAUGGUGCAGGACGGCUGGCAGUUUCACGAGAGCAAGGAGAAGGACCGCGAACUCCUCGAGAAGUUCGAUGUCGUCGUCUCCGAGCUCAAGAAGAUCAAGGAGCCCUACAUGGAGAUCAUUAAGGACAUGACCCUCAAGAUGGGUAACGGCAUGGCGGACUACGCCCAGAACACCGAGAUGAUCGAGAAUGGUGUCCAGACCAUUGAAGAAUAUGAGUUGUACUGCCACUACGUGGCUGGCCUAGUCGGAGAGGGUCUGACGCGCCUAUUUGUGGCAUCAGAGCUCGCCAACCCCAAGCUCGCCGAGCGACCUUCCCUGACCGAGUCCAUGGGACAGUUCCUCCAGAAGACCAAUAUCAUUCGUGAUCUGCACGAGGAUUGGGUAGAUGGUCGAAGGUGGUACCCCAAGGAGAUCUGGGGCAAGCAUGUCGACAAGUGGGAGGACCUCUUCGACCCCAAGCAACGUCAGAAGGCCUUGGAGUGCACUUCAGAGAUGGUCCUCGACGCCCUGAAGCACACUGAGGAGUGUAUAUUCUACAUGGCUGGCAUUAGAGACCAAAGUGUUUUCAACUUUGUGGCUAUCCCCCAAGCCAUGGCCAUUGCCACCCUCGAGGCCGUCUUCCGAAACCCCGCGGUGUUUGAGCGCAACGUCAAGAUCUCAAAGGGAGAUGCCUGCCAGAUCAUGUUUGAGUCUACUCAGAACCUCGUCGUUGUCUGCGAAGUCUUCCGAAAAUACACCCGAAAGAUUCAGAAGAAGAACGAUCCUAGGGAUCCCAACUACCUGGCCAUUAGCGAGCAGUGCGGCAAGAUUGAGCAAUUCAUCGAGACCUUGUUCCCUCGACAAGACCCCAAGAAACUCGCCGUCGAGACCAAGCAGAAGGCGAACGACCAACCCACGAUGGACCCUGGCGAGGCGGCGGUCCUGUUUGGCGUUGUUAUUUUUGCUUUGCUCGCUAUCUCGGGCAUUAUGAUCGGCACUGCCUGGAUCUUUGGCGCCAGAUUCGAUAAUGUCUUCAGUGAACUCAGCGUCUUCCUACCAGGAAGCGAGGCCAGCAGCCAGGCCGCCAAGCCCUUGAUUACGGGCCAUGACGAAUUGUAGCACUAUUCACCUGCUUUUGGGUUUUGUUUCUUGUCACUUUUCUCACGAUAUCCUAACGUACA